UUUCAGAACAGCCGCUGGGAUUGGAUCGAAAACGAAUCUUCACGACAAGUGCACCUCGUUUCAGGCACCACAAAGAGAUGUCAAAAGCUCUAUUUCGUCGAUUCUCGAGCUCUUCACCAUCUCGAAAUGGACCACCAUUGCUCACAGGCGACGGCGAGACUGUAACAAAAGCAGCGAAAAUGUUGCUCAAAUCUCUCGAAGCAUAUAUGGAAAUCAAGUCGCCGGAAAAAUUAGAAGAAAUUGGAGCUCGCGUUGGAACUGUGUGGAGCAGCUUAUUCGACAUAGAAAAUGUGGCGGCUCCGCAGAAAAAAUAUGAGCUCGCCGAGGAACUACUUUUCAGACCAGAUAUUAUGAGGCUGCUAUUGAUCGCUUUUAGAUUGGUUCAUAUUGAUGUUAAAAGGAAAAUUCGUGAUCUCUACAUGUUCAUCACAACAUGGUGCUCAAAUGAUGCUCCGGAUAGUUCCGUUCCAAGAACUCGUUCAAAGACUAAAUUUACACCAAAAGUUCGCGAUCUUCUUUUUCAUUGCCGUUAUGAAAUUGUGGAUAUUGUGGAUGAGGGAUACGAUAUGCCUGCCAGUAUUGGUUUUUAUAAUGAUAUUAUUCGAGAAUUUGUGACCGAUGAUUUUUGUUUGACGUCGCUAUUCGAAGACAACGGACAAGAUUCGAAUAAUAUUCAACAUCGCAACGAUGGAUGUAUUUGGUCAAUAUUCGAUCGAUUGAUGAAUACUAAUAAAUUCAGAGACUUCGAUGUGAUUCAAGGAACAUUCGACACUUUGCAGAUAAUUUUCUUCACAAAUCAUGAAUCGGCGAACAACUUCAUCAAGAACAAUUUGCCAAGAUUCAUGCAAACUCUUCAUAAACUCAUUGCUUGCUCCAACUUCUUCAUUCAAGCAAAAUCAUUCAAAUUCUUGAAUGAGCUCUUCACUGCUCAAACAAACUAUGAAACUCGUUCCCUUUGGAUGGCCGAACCCGCAUUCAUCAAGCUAGUCGUCCUGGCUAUACAGAGCAAUAAACAUGCCGUUCGAUCUCGAGCCGUCUCGAUUUUGGAGAUAUUUAUUAGAAAUCCACGCAAUUCGCCGGAAGUUCACGAGUUCAUUGGUAGAAAUCGAAAUGUUUUGAUUGCAUUCUUCUUCAACUCAGCCCCAAUUCACUACUAUCAGGGAAGUCCAAAUGAAAAAGAAGAUGCUCAAUAUGCUCGGAUGGCUUAUAAGUUGCUCAAUUGGGAUAUGCAGAGACCAUUCACCCAGGAACAAUUACAAGAUUUUGAGGAGGGAUGGACGCAUCAAAAGAAAAUGCGAGAAGAACAACUCGUCCGAACUUGCUUCCACGACAAUAAUCCAAGACUUCCGAAAGUGAAUCACGUCUACCGUACCCGCAUCAUCCCGAACCAACAAUUCCUCCGUGAACCAUUAAAAUUCGGAAAUCCGUUCCGUCAAUAAUCUAGCUCUCCUAUUUUUUUUAUUCAUAUUUUUAAUUUCAAUUUCUCAGAUAUGCCAUUUCAUUUGAUUGUGAUGUGAAAAUCUGUUUUUCCAGAUAUAUUCCGACUAGAUUUGCCAUUCAAUUUUCUGUGAAUAAACCCGACUUUUUAU